ACUUUCAAACAAGUGUCGGACGCUGAGAGCAAAGUUUGGGAUAACCGAGGGCCACUGCGGCGCUCUGCACCUGGCACCGACACAGUCUGGACUAUAUUCUUGUCUUUUCCCCUCACCGGCGAGUGGCGGCACCUUCACUGAGGAAGCAGCAGUCAGCCCCAAGGUUCUGGAUGGAGACCACAGCCGGGUCAGAUGGCCGGAGCCCAGAACUCUGCCGUGUCUAAUCACGUUCUGUAGGUGCCACUCGGUGCAACACUUCACAAGGAGACACUGAAAGGUUGGAGGUGGUGAUCCCAUGAGGUCGUCUAUGCUGGUCCUGCUCCUCCUCUUCAGUGCCCGGGCCCUGGCUGCCGUCCAGGGGGACACGUGUGGCGCCACGGUCGUCCAGCAGCAGCAGCAGCAGCAGCAGCAGGCUCCUGACAACAGCCUCACCUCCAUCCCCAGAGUGGACCCCAAACUCCUCAAGAAGCAGCGCUACCUCUCCCCCCGGGUGCUCAUCAGCGCCCAGCCGCCGGAUGGAGAGCCGGCGGCAUCUCGGGGUGGAAAACGGACCCGUCGACGAGUGUCACAGCCUCAACACCGCGGGAUGUACUCGGUGUGUGAGAGCAUCAGCGUGUGGGUGGGCAACAAGACCAAGGCCACGGACAUCUCGGGCAACGAGGUGACGGUGCUGCCGGACGUGAACAUCAACAACGUCAACAAGAAACAGUACUUCUUCGAGACCACGUGCCACAGAGCGCAGUCCGGCAGCUCGAGCUGUUUAGGCAUCGAUGCCCGGCACUGGAACUCCUACUGCACCAACUCGCACACGUUUGUGCGAGCGUUGACUUCUUUUAAGAACCUGGUGGCGUGGAGGCUGAUACGCAUCAACGUGGCCUGCGUGUGUGUGCUCAGCCGCAAGUCGUGGCGGCAGUAGACACACGGGACGCAUACAAACAAAUAUACUCAAGCUAACUAUCUGGGAUUUCCCCGUCAUAACUGAAUCACCAAAGACUCCUCGCCCACCGCACACCGUAAAUUAUUGCUUGUACAUUAUCAAGGCUGCAUGUACUGUAUCUGCUACAGACCUGGGUCAAACUGCAUCAGUCGCUGCAGCGUUUCUCUGCCUAAGUCGCCGUUUUAUGUGCAGCGCUUUCCAGGCAUUCAGGGGGAAGAAACCGCCUGGAGGCGAUCUGACAUUCAUGGUUCAAUAAAGGAACACGUAGAAGCCGCAAACACCCAACAUGAUGUUUCAUGUUAAAGCACCGUCUCUAUUCAUAAAUAACCAGCACGACUUGUUUCACAUCAAGAGGUUUAGUUUUCUUUUAUAUAUUGUUUUCAUUAUAGCAGUUGUCAAUAUUUUAUUUGCCUGUAAAUCAUUUGGCUACGUUGGUCAGAAUCGCCAGGAUUUUGGAGCUGAACCCGAUUUACUGGCGUCUUCUGAAAAGUCCCAAUUGUAGGAUGUUUUGCUGUAAGUUUUUUAAGUAUUUAUUGAUUGGAAAAAUUGUGUCACAAGAAAAAAUGGAGUAAUCUUUCUUGUUUCCAGAAAGUGGCUUGUGAAUAAGGUGCCAGUGACUUUUUGUUUUAUUCAUUUUUGCGGCUUUCCAACCUUUGCUUGUUUAGACUGAAAGUCAAUUAGGCUGUCAAACUUGUUUAAUCCUCAUCCAACAACAACAACAACAAAAGAAUUUUAGUCCAAUAUAAUUGAGAACAGCGGAGCUAAAUUCGCGCAUCUGGUUGGUGUUACAUCACAGAAAAUGGAUCAUGAAUCAUAAGUUAAAUGUUGUGGAGGGAAAC